AUGGAUAACAUGGAUGUAUUAUAUUCACUCAUAGGUAUCAAUCAAAAACUCGAUAGAUUGGCUCGGAAUAUUACUUUCACACAAUGUGUUGAUUUAUUAACAAUAUUAUCAAAUGAAAGUAAUGAUUCGAGAAAUAAAUCAAUACUCGAUCGAUUUUGUUUUGAUAUAUUACCUCGAAUUCAACACAAUAUUCAGUCCCUUACUCUUGAUCCAUUAUCAAUAGAUCGUGUUUUUCGUAUUGGAAAUUAUUCUAAACUCCAUAAACUUACUCUUCUUAAUCUUCAAUUUGAAAUGGCGUCUCGUAUUUUUAAUGACAAGUCAUCUUUUAUUCAUGUCUUUCAAAAUCAAAUUUCGCAUCUCACUGUGAUGAUUCAUGAUGACAGCAAAGGUGAACAUAUAAAGGAAUUAUUCACAAAUGUUUUCACCAAUAUUUUAAUAAUAUUUACAAAUUUGAUUUAUCUCGAUUUCCAUUCACAAGACAUUUGUCGGUAUAUAUCAAAACCUUUUCUUAGUUUACCAUCUACUACAUGUUAUUCAUCAAAUAUUGUUCAUUUGAAUGUUGGAGUCUUUAGUUUUGAUGAUUGUCUUUCUUUACUUGAUGGACAUCUUACUCAAUUACAUACGUUUAUUGUCAAGGUUGGUCGCAUUAUUGAUACAUCAAUGACUAUGAAAAAUACGAAAACAGUAUCUAAUCUAAAAUGUUUCUCGUUGACUUCAUUGCGUCGAACAAAUGAAUAUGAUAAUCAAGUUUUACCAUUAUUACACCAAAUGUUACAACUAGAAAAACUAACGUUAUCCCUUAUUGUUGAUGAUCGAACUUCAUUCAUUGAUGGCACUCAUUUGGUUGAUAAUAUUCUUAAUAAAAUGUUAUAUCUACAAACAUUUAUCUUCAAUAUUAUCACCGAUUAUGUUACAAUGGACGAAGAACUUUUACCAACACUUGAUGAUAUUGAACGCCCGCUCAUUCAAAGAGGAUUUAAUGUUAACUGUUAUACUGAUUAUAAUGAAUUUUACAAGUGUCAAUGUCAUGUUUAUUCGCUUCCAUUUACUAUAGACUGCAUGCAUAUACAUUCUAGUAAAUUUCAUGGUGGUUUAUUCAGGACUGUUCGUUACCUAUAUGUACAAGAUUUCGUUCGUCCAUUUGAACAUGAUUUCUUUGCUCGAAUUGCCCAAGCUUUUCCAUUACUAAAUAAAUUAACAAUAUUUAACAAACAUAAACAAGCCAAUUUAACACAGCGACAAGAUAAACAUGAAUCAACAUCUUCAGUUAUUGAGUUUUCUCAUCUUAUGAUACUCAAUGUCGCUAUGUCUUAUAUCGAUUAUGCAAAACAAUUUCUUUUCGACUUUAAUACGCGUCUACCUUGUCUUAAUAGAUUACAUAUUAAAUAUGAAGACUUGGUGAUCGUAACAGAGAAUUUCACGAACAACGGUACUCGUACUAAUUGUUCAAAAUUACAACAUAUUAUUUUUGAUUCAAUACCAACGAUAUAUCCAGAGAACUUCUACCUUUAUUUUCCUUUGUUGUAA